UUACGCAUGCGCUGUGUUAAUAAGAUGGCUGCCAACAUUGUAUUAUUUUUGUGAUGUUUUUAUUUCAUUUGCGGUGCCGGUGGUCAGUGAACGAAUCAUUCGAAAUUUAAAUCCAAGUUGGAAGUAGAUUCUUGUAACGAUAAUUCUGUUAGAUGAGGUAUAAAUGGAACCUAUUUAUGAUGACACCUAUGGGGGUAGAGCCCUCAAUCUUGCUCCAAUUGAGAUGAAUGGCACUAAAAAGAAAAAGAAGAAAAAGAAGAAGCACAGGAAAGCGCAUGAGACCAAAACCAUUUCCAAGAGAAUAGACUAUAUAUUGGUGUACAAGCACCGUGAAGAACAUUCCUUUGACUCAGUGGAGGAGUUUGAAGAGUACAACAAGGAGAAAGUGCUCCGAGAUCGUUUCCAGGAGGCUAUGGUCACCAAGGAGCGUUUGGAGGUCCAAGAGGAGACUGUAGGAGAUCACACCUAUGUCAAGAUUCACUGCCCAUUCAACAGGCUUUGCAAGGAAGCAGAAGAUAUCAAUUUGGAGAUGCCACUCAAAGGGGCUGCGAUAAUCCCGAACAAAAAGCAUGGAUGCAUAGCUUCAAUUGAGAAUAGGUUAAAGACUGAUGAUGAAUUGGACUUUGUGAGUGCACCAUUCUGUGUACAGAAGAGAAAUAUCUUUGAUGGGAUUGAUGAUCCUGAGACGUUCUUUAGAUCAGCUACAAGAAGUUAUCUGACUCAUCAUAUACUAAUAAAUAUGGAUGUCAGAGAUCCUGGAGAUAAGAGGGAUAAGGAUUCAAUGAGGAGAAAGGGACUACCUUACAUGAUUUUGAGGGGCAUCUAUGUAGAUGGAUUCAUUCUCCAUGAUGAGUCAUUAUACGAGGACUUGGAUGAGGAUGAGAGAGAUGCAAUGAGAAAGGAGAGUGAAAGAUUGGGACAAUUCCAAGCUAAUCUGGAUCCCAGAGAGAGAAAGUUUAAUGUUACGCCUCGAGACCCCAGAUUUGAUAUGCAAAGAACAUGGGUGAGAUUCUUCAAGUACCAACCAUUAUGGAAGAUCAGGAAUUACUAUGGAGAACAGAUUGCUUUUUACUUUGCAUGGGCAGGAGCAUUCGCCACUUAUCUCUGGAUACCAAUGCUCAUGGGUCUCGCAAUUUGGGGAUAUGGACUUUUCCUCAGCAUUGAGGAUUACCAAGAUGGAGUGGAAGAGAAAGAGAGGCAGAGAGAGCUGAUGGAGGAACUACAAAGGAAUCAGAGCAUUUAUAAUCUGAGUGAUGCAGAUGAGAGUCUGUUAGCAAAUCUUACUCAGCAACUAGAGGACGAAUCUCUCCUUACCAUGAUUACAGAUGCAGGCCUAACAGUGUUCAAGAACUCCUUUGACUCAGAUGUGACUCCAUAUUAUGCUCUUGUUAUUUGCCUUUGGGGUACAAUAUUCCAGGAGGUAUGGAAGAGAAAGCGAGUGAGGCUGGCCUAUGAGUGGGAUGUUGAUAGCUAUGAUAUGUCAGAACCUGAUAGACCUGAGUUCUAUGGUACCAAGGAGAGGCCGGAUCCUGUAUCUGACCUACCAGAUUGGUACUACCCAUUCUACAAAAGCUUCCUGAAAUUCAUGGCAUCGUUUGGUAUCCUUGUAUUUAUGGCGAUGCUUGUUAUUGUGAGUGUCAUCAGUGUGAUCAUCUAUAGAUUAUUUACAGCAGCUCUUCUCUCUGACUCCGACAGUGUGGUGCAACUUCUCGUCUCUGUCUUGGUCUCAUCUCUUCUAAACUCAAUAUCCAUUCUCAUCUUGGGAAAAAUAUAUGAGAAAAUUGCAGUCAAGCUGAAUAAUUGGGAGAAUCACAGAACAAAGAGUACAUAUGAAAAUGCUCUCAUCGUCAAGCUCUUUGCCUUCCAGUUUGUCAACAGUUAUUCAUCUCUCUUCUACAUUGCCUUCUUCAGAGAUCAAUCUGGGUCAGAUUCAUUUCUUGGCAUAGAAGGUUUGAGGGAUUCCUGUACAGACAAUAACUGCAUGUCUAUGUUGUCUCUGCAAGUCUUCGUACUCAUGUUGGUCAAACCAGUUCCCAAGUUCCUCAAAGAUGUCAUCCUUCCAUGGUUAAUCAGGAAGUUUAAGAAGCGGACAUGCUGUCGGCCAAGCCAGGUCAAAGACCUUGACAUGGAGAAGAUGAGUCCUCAUGCUCAGUAUCUUACAAGAGAAAGGAACAAGCCACCUGUAGGUGACCUCACGUUAGGUGAAUACAAUGAGAAGGUCAUUCUCUAUGGAUUCCUUAUGAUAUUUUCUUCUGCACUGCCCAUUGCUCCCCUCAUUGCUAUCACUGUUCUGCUCCUGGAUAUCAGAAUAGAUGCAAAGAGAUUACUAUGGUUCAAUAGACGGCCUGUAGCUUUCAUUGCAUCUAGUAUUGGAAUGUGGUUCUCCAUCUUAGACUUCAUCAACUUUGCUGGUGUUAUAUCCAAUGCUUUCAUCAUUGCAUUCACUGCUCAAUGGGGAAGGAAGUACUCUAAUGUUGAAAAGCUGUGGAUUGUCAUAGGAUUUGAGCACAUUGUAUUUGCAGUAAAGUUCUUCAUUAUGUACAUCAUACCUGAUGUACCAUCUGAUAUAGCACUGGCUAUGAGAAGGGAGAAAUUCCAGGUUGCGAAGGUCUUGGAGGAUGCUGACACCCAGCCUCCAAUGAAAAGUAAGGACUUUAUGAGUCGAGUGAUACCUAAUGGGUCCAACUUCAAGGGUCUUAAUUACUAUACCUCUGAAGUGGAUAGGAUUAGCAGCAGCUGUCAGUCGCUUGAACACAGUUUCAACGGCUCCAUCAAUUAUGAGGCCUCGGCUGCCGAUGCCGACGACACUUACGACAGAGAGCAUGAAAUGACUGCUGAUAGAACAGAUAUCUUACAGUCUAUAUCAAGUGGAGGGUUAACUUACGAUGAGAAUGGAGACUCGUACAUAGCCAACGGAAAUCCUCCCUUAUUACCCCCUGUGGAGCCGGUCAAGAAACGCAAGAAGAAGAAGAAGGUUAAGACCCCCCGCUCGGAACCAGUUGAUCCUGACCUACCCCCUCUCCAGGGUGGCGGGGUGUACUCCAUCAUGAAUCCAAACCUUGCUUACCCUCCUAACUAUGGUUUUCAUCCCUCCUAUAUGCCUGACAACAGCUUCAACGAUACCUCCCAAGAAGUACCAGUGGCAUACCCAUUACCAGUCAGUAAUACAUUUACAGGCCCUUUCUAGCACCCCAUUUAUACUCAUCACUAUGUAUUUUGCAAUGAAAUAUUACAUCCAUCUCAUUUUUAGUUUGUUUCUUAGAGAGUUAAUCAUUCAUCCUUUUGAAAUAUUUUAUGAGAGGCUGUUGUAAAUUGUGUAGAGAUUUUUUUUGUAUGUGUAUUGAGAGGCUUUUGGAUCGGGAUUGUCUCCAGUUUUCUUGACAGUUUAAGAAGAGUUGUCUCUAAGGGCUGGUUAACAAAGACAUAACCAUAUUGAAAAAAAAGAAUAUUAUUUGUCCUGAAAUAAGUUUUAAGGUGUCCAAUUAUUAUUAUUUUUUUUAAAUGUAUGACAUUGUUUUUAACCUGUAGUUCAGUUAAUAAUUUCAAAGGUGUCAUUCCAUAUAGCCAUAGGCUUUAAUACUUCCAAAGGGAAUAAAGCAAAUCCUUUCUAUAGGUAUUGAUGAUGAAUGCAAUCUGUAAAGUCCUCAUUUUCCCUGCAAAUAUUCUUUUGAUUUUGUAGAAAAAUGUAAUACUUCCAUCAUAUUAAUUUUUGUCUGAUUUUGAUGAACCUUUAUAAACUCUGUCUUGACCAGUGUACAAAGGGGUUGGACUUGCCUUCUUUACUGCCACCGUCUGUGGUAUUUUGAAGUCACUAGUUUCUAACAUUCCUCUUACUAUUAUGUGAAUAGUGUAUUUUUAUAUUCAUGACUCUGUGUAAUAUCUUACCCUGAUUAUGAAUCAGUGAUACAAAAAGUGCUAUUAUGAAGAAUUACUUGUACUUAGAUUGCAGCUGUAGAACUGUAUAUUUGUCAUUUGACCAUGAAAGUAGAUGUAUAUAUUUUCUUCUUUCUGUUAUAUAUGUAUAUAUUGCUUUUCUCUUGUAAUGCAAAUUGUAGUUUGUAUAUAUUGCUUAUAUGGUAAAUUUCAAACCAGAUGUGUACAAUUAUUUUUUAUCAAUCUUUAACAUGUAAAAAUAGUAUUAAGAUAAUGUGCAGAAGUA